AUGCCUGCCAACGUGUCUGUUCACUCUACUCCUGCCAACCAUACGGGAUCUCCUACCGGCACCCCGACCCCUACCCCCUCUAAUCACUCGCCAACUGGACCUCAACCUGGCGUGGGCGCACCGAACUCGCCCCAGCCCAAAGCAGCUUUAACCCGACGCGAGGUCGAGGAGAAACCAUGGAAGUAUAUCGGCUACAAAAUCUUCUCACAAUGGCUUGCCUCGGACGCGGAUUUCUUCGUGGUCCGUAGAUUUGAAAACCUCAGUGCGAGGGUGAUCCUGUCACUGCAAUGGGAAAUCUCCGUGCUAGAGCGACAACUAGAGGAGCUGGACGAUGUCUUUUCCGCCCGAGACGCCCCGGACGUCAACAACGGAUCGUUGCACUGGCUCGACGACGACCGGAGAGCACUGCUGGCAGACAUCCAGGUCAAGCUGCAGGAGUACAACAAAUUCGUCCUCCGGCACUCGGCGCUGAGAGAGCGACCCCCCGCGUCGAAGCACGACGUUACGAACGUCAAGAACUGGCGCGCCACGUACCCGCACGCCAUUGACCCAGAGGAAGCAUCUUUCAUAGACCGGGAAGACGACCUCAUCAACGUCGUGCCCGUGCCGAAGACGCCCCUCCGGACGGCAGUCGAGCGUUUCAUCGGGCUCGGUUGGAAUCGCUUGUUCCUACGGAGUCCGCAACGUUUUGAUGACCUUGAAGGCGGGGAGAAACGGCCAUACUUCGAAUACGACCCCUCCAGCACGAGAUAUUACUCCGACAGCCUGGUAGACGGUUUCUUCACCGCCAUAGUCUGCAUCAUCGGCCUGAUCAUGCUGGUCACUCCGCUGUGGAUCCUCAUGUUCGUGGACCAGCCGAUCCAGCAGUUGGGCGUCAUCACGGGUUUCAUAGUCCUGUUCCUCGGCCUCAUCCAAUCCGUCACGGUGGCAAGGCCGUUUGAGAGUCUUGCGGCGACGGCAGCGUAA